UUGUUGACUGGUAGUUGUGCGUCACUGGUGGGGUGAACGCGGCCAUGGUUGCUACACUCGCGAUAUUUAUCUAAAAAAAAACCACUAAACGCGAGUGAUCGGGGGAUAAUAUUGUAGUAGAUAACUGUAAUAUUAACCAGCAAAUAUUACCCAUAAGAGUGGCCUGGAAUGGAUGUUCAGAAGCAGAAUGAGGAGAAGCUACGUGAAGCAUGUUGCUAUGGUGACACUGAGGCCAUCUUAGCGUUGGUUUCCAGAGGUGUCAACAUCAACAGUAAACAUGAUAUAAAUGGCUGGACAGGUCUACACUGGGCUUGCAAGAGAGGCAAUCUUGAAAUUGUUCAUUUACUCUUGGCAAAUGGUGCUGAUCCAGAACUAGAAAAUAACCAGUUGCAAACACCAGCACAACUUACUACCAAUCCACAGAUCCUGCAGCUGCUUGGUGUGGAGGCUGGUGUCUCAAGUGAAGGAACAACAGCAAACUCUGAUUCCCUUCCAAUAACACCAAACUACUUGGCACACCCACCCAUAGACUACAAAGUUGCAAUUGGUGCUAAAACCCUCUCUGGAAAGCCCAUCACUAAUGGAUUAGGGGAAGGCAAUGGUCACCAAAAUGCAGCAAGUCAUGCUACAGCUCCUGGGCCAGUACCUAACCCACCUUCCAAUUAUGAUUAUUUUGCAAGGCAAACCAAAGAACUGGUGUUAAAAGUUCGAGUGGCUAACACAGAUGACCCAGACUUUAUUGAAGUUGAUUUCCAGAGAGCUCAAAUGAAAUACAGUCAUCUACUAACAACAUGUUGCAAAGAGCUUGCAGUGAAUCCUCAGUUAGUAGAAAGAAUAAGGAAACUUCCAAACACCCGUCUCAGAAAUGACAAAGAUGUCCAGCGUUUGUGUGACUACACAGAAUUGGAACUUGUAAUUAAAGGUCAAAAUAGGCUACCUGUAUCUAGAAGUGACACACAUUCAACUUCCAAAAAUAAUUAUAAGUCAAUUCAUGGAUUUAAAAACCAAACUAUUUUGUAUUAGGUAAGUUAAUAAUGUGUACAUCUUUUAUAUUUGCAACCUUUAUGAAACAAGACCUGAAAGAAAAACUUCAGCAUAUUUCAAUGCUAAUAAAGGGGGCCACCUUUAAGGUAUUUUAGCAGAUAAGGGAUAUUUUUUGGUAAAAGUAAUACGUAUUGAUUACUUUGUGUGUAGAGUAAUAUAUAUAGAUUCUCUUGGCUGUUAAUGUCACUGUAUUGAUUAUUUUUCUGUUUAGGUAGCAUGCUCCUGAUGUAGCAUACCUAGGAAUGUACAAAUUCUUAAUAGUUAAGAAUAAAGGUAUGUGGUAAGCUUGAUGAUUGUACUUCAAAUAAUUAAAGAAUUUUGGAGAGAGCAUUUGUAUUAAUGUGAAUAAAUCAGGUCAUUUACUAUCAGUAUUCAAGAAAGAUGAUAGUUGGUAAUGUGGUACAGUGUAACUCAGUUAGUAUAUGCAUUUAUGAUUUUAAUUCUCAGGAAGAAUUCUCAAGUUUUCAGUUUUUCCUCAGUUAGUCUAACCCUUUCACUGCCUGACUCCUGAAAUUAGAGGUGCUGACAGUGUUGCUAUUUUUUCAAAACAAAAUUUUUUUUUUCUCAUAAAAUGAGCCUAUGUUUGUCAGUGUAAUGAAGGAAAAAAAAAUUCCCAGCAGUACUUGCCGAGAUAUGAAGGCAUGAAAUUGAAGGUCGUUGCCUCUCCAGUAACAGCAUCAGCGCUUGCUGCACACCCUAUUAAUUUAUUUACUUUUUAGUUUUUGCACUUUUCUUCUAAUUUUCUACAUUUUGCAAUAACUGCUGUGGCCAGUGACACCCCAUAUCAUGCAUAAUGUCCACAUGGCUAGCCUUUGUAUGCAACACAAUGCUUGCUGACACACACACACACACAUCCAGUUGCUUCAUAGCCCUUUUGUUCUAAUGUGUACACAUAUAUACAGGCACUGAUUAUGUUCCUAGAACUGUUGCAGUCUGUGGGAGUCCCUGAAACACAGCUCCAUACACAGUAGUGUUUUACUCCCUUAACAUAAAAUGUGUUUAUCUGCACUUUACUGUCACCUUGAUGCCUGUGCAUGAGACAACAUCUCUUCUAAACCCAUUUCUUCUUGUCUAUAUCAGGAAGGGUAGUAAGAAAGUAGUCACCAUACUUCUUCUUGGUGCAGGUGUUAUGACCAGGGAUUUCUGUAUUAUAUGUCAAACAAAAGUGGGCACAUGGCAGUCUGUUGCCAAUCUUCAACUGGCAACAGACAUUCAGUAUUACAGUGCCAACAAGAUGGAAGAAAAUUUUAUGUACCAUUAGUAACUCUUCCAGACAGUCAAAAGACCCAAUCUGCAUUUCACACUUAUCCACCAAACUCAUACUGUUUGUGUAAUCCAUAAUAGCAGCUGGUCUCACAUUGGGUUCAUUGGUUUCUAUUUACCUUUCCUGUGUCUUUCAUUUCAUGUUGGUGGAUGAAUUUCAACAAUGUCACAUCACAUUUGUCAUGCCACCAAAAUGCCAUGAUGUCAUUGGCAUGAAACACCUGUACUUCAUCAUUAUAAAAGCUUGUGCUGAAUUUGGGCAUAUGUUUUCCUGUUCUGCUCACUGUACCCUAGACAACAGUCACGUUCACCAGCAGAAAAUCACUGAGUAUGAGGCCUGUGUACUAGUUAUUAGUGUUUAAAGUAUGGCCCUUACCAAGAUAUGUUCUAUCAUUUUUCUCACUACAUCACUGGAGAUACCCAAUAAUUUCUUGGUAUCUUUCAAUGUUCUGCUUCAUGUGUGUACAAUGAAAUCCAGUAUCAGACUACUUUCACCACGACCCAAAAUGAACUGUUUGAUACCAGAGUAUUUCCUCCUGAACUGUACUGUUUGCACUAGUCAUCUUUUCAACAGGAUCAAAGAUACAUUGAUGACAGUGUUCCAGAAGGGAUAAAAAUACACAUUAAACUUUUGUUUCAGAUGCAUAGAAACACCCCUAACCUUGUAUAACAUGUCACUUCUGUCGGGCCUUGUCUUGUCUGAGAAGUGUAGCAGGAUAAAUCUGUUGAUGGGUACAAGAUCAUUGAACUCUGGCAUACAUAUACAGCAGUCAGUCAGUCAGUAUGUUGCAAUAUUGUUCUUAUGCACAUGUGGCAUAAGCAUGAUUGUGGCAAAAAAGAGAUAUAUAUCGGCCACUUGUGAAGCCAUGAUCAUGAUGAAAUCAUGUUUGCCAUUGUAUACUCAAAGUAUCGGCUUGUUUCCAUCACUAUUAUUUUCAUCAGGGGCUCAUUAAAAUAGCUGAAAGAAUUCAGGUUGAAUGGCAUCAUUCCUGAGGGUACAGUUCAGCUGGAUUCCACUGUGUGUCAUCAGACUGAUGGGAAUUGGGGAGAAAAUAUACAUCCUCCUGCCAAUUCCAGAUUUGGUCUGGUGGUGCCUGCUGGAUAUUUGCAGCUGGUUGUGGUGGUAGUACUAAUGUUGGUUGUGUGUGAGUGGUGGACUCAGCCUAAGGUUGUUGGGGUGUGAGGCAUGGCUCCCUCCUGAGGUUGGCACUGGUGCCGGCAUUGCCCGCAGCCCACUAACCAUGGCAGUGGAAGUACCAUUAUCUUCACUAUUACUAUCUGUUGCUGGUGUUGGGUUUUGUGAUGUACUACAUUCCUUAGAGGUAGCACCACAUGCAUCACCAUAAAAGUUCAUGCUUCACAGGCAGAUGAUUAUAAUUGCUUCCACUAGAUUAAUCAUUGACUGCUAGGAAAUCAAAGUCCACAUCCCUGUCACCAGUACUACUCACAUCUGUGCCCAAACCAUUGAAGAGUGAGCUUUUGCUUAUGGAUGGAUAAAUUGUGGAUGGACUGAGCCCAGAGGCAGAUGGCUGUGUGUCAUUGGGGCUCUCAGCACUAUUUCCACAUUUUGAUCAUCACUUUUGGUCACUAAACAUUCGAACCUGCAGAAUUUAUUCACAGAACCAGUAUCCUCAUUGUUGGAUUGAAUUCUUCUGGGAGCGAGAGCCUUGCAUUGGCAUGGCAUGGUGGGCAAUGAAAUACUAAGAUGAUGUUCCCAUUAUGUACUGCAGUGGCUGCAAUUUUUUGUAUACAAUCAGCUCUCUUUUAUAAAGCUCCUCUGUAUAGUGUGAUUUUUGUAAACAUGAUUGAAAAAGUACAUCCAAAAUUGAGUAGAACAUAUUAUGAAGGUAUUUCUAUGCUCUGUUCAGCUCUAGAUGUACUGUACUUUUUUAUUGUAUUUAUAAAAAAAAAUAAAGUACUGUACUCUCGUGCCAAGUUUGAGGCCAUUAGAAUUUAUCCAUAGAUCUAUGUAAGUGACACUAGUUUCAGUAACAUAGGUCUGUGUGGGAGACAGUGAAAGGGUUAAUUUCUAAUUUUCUUUUAUUUAGAAUGGCUCUAAAGUCUGACCAUCAUCAGUACCAGAGCUGUGUGGACCUAUCCAUCAGUCUGCCUGGCUACAAAGGAAUCAGACCCUUAUUAAAGCCUGCAGCAGUAAGUUAAUGUGCCAGGCAGAUGUGUGGGUGGAGACAAGCACCUGGUGGUACAUUUGCCCUUUUUGCCUAUUGUUCUUGUUAGUAUUUUGCAUAUUUAUAAAUGAUCAUUGUAUGCGCCAUGUAUUGACUGUAUGGGUAAUAUGUAUAAAAAAACCUACGUUCGAUAGCACAGAAAAAACGCAAAUGUUUUCAGUCUGCUUGAGUCCCUCAUCAGGUGCUUUUAAAUGAGCUGGAAGGAAGCUCAUAUAUAUAUAUAUAUAUAUAUAUAUUAUUAUAUAUAUAGGUAGUAGGUUGGUAGACAGCAACCGCCCAGGGAGGUACUACCGUCCUGCCAAGUGAGUGUAAAACGAAAGCCUGUAAUUGUUUUACAUGAUGGUAGGAUUGCUGGUGUCCUUUUUUCUGUCUCAUGAACAUGCAAGAUUUCAGGUACGUCUUGCUACUUCUACUUACACUUAGGUCACACUACACAUACAUGUACAAGCACAUAUAUACACACCCCUCUGGGUUUUCUUCUAUUUUCUUUCUAGUUCUUAUUCUUGUUUAUUUCCUCUUAUCUCCAUGGGGAAGUGGAACAGAAUUCUUCCUCCGUAAGCCAUGCGUGUUGUAGGAGGCAACUAAAAUGCCGGGAGCAAGGGGCUAGUAACCUCUUCUCCUGUAUAUAUUACUAAAUGUAAAAGGAGAAACUUUCGUUUUUCCUUUUGGGCCACCCCGCCUCGGUGGGAUAC